AUGAAGAUCUGUAUUCUUGGUUUACACCAAUCGAUCGAAUCGAAAACUAUCAAUUCAUGGAAUCAAAAAAGACCACGACUACAAAUCAUCUCAGUUGAAAAUGCGAAAUGUUGCGAAAAAAUAUUUUCGAAUCAUGAUGAUUCUGUACCGUUUGGGUGUUGGUCAACAUUCAAAUGCGUUCUUCUACCAUCAUUUGGUUUAUCUUCAAUUUAUGAUCAUUUCCAUUAUGAUACAACAUGUUUUGAUUGUAUUGAAGUUCAGUAUUCGUCGAAGUUUUGGAUACCAGCGAUUCCAAUUUCAUAUGACGAUCUAUACCUUGCAUUUGAAAAGGCUGAUGCUGUGAUAUCAAUGGAACGAAAGCUUCGAGAUCUGUAUAUCUGUGAAAAUGGCGAAAGCGAUCCUCAACCGAAGAAAAAAUGUAUUCUAUUUCAAUCGAUUUGUGACGGACAUCUUCAGCUAUUAUCAAAAUCGAUUGCUGGACAAAAUGAAAAAACUAAUGGACGUCAACGUGUUUCGAUUCGUACUGAAAUGAUUCAUACGUUUACCCAGUGA